AUCUCAAGCACCAAAUUCGGGAUGCUCACCACGCAGAUGCCCAAUUCAGAGUUCCUGACGUCGCGGUGCAUGGCACUCGCCGGGAUGGAAAACGGCGGCGUUGACCUCAUCUUCCACACGAACCUCUUCUCCAGCAAGACCCUCGAUCUCAGCGUCCACCCCGCGCAAGUCAACAUGUCCUUCUACGACCCUGUCAGCGGAGGCUGGGCGUCGGUGUCCGGCGUCGCCAGUAUCAUUGCCGACCCCGCCACCGUCGAGAAAUACUACUCGCCUGCGCUGUCCGCCUGGCUCGGUGAUCUCGGAGAUGGAGUGCACGACGGGAGUCCGUCCGAUCCGCGCAUUGGCGUCAUCAAGCUGGAGGCCCGGCUGGCGACGUAUGCGGUUGCCAGGCGUGGUGCGAUCGGCCGGGCGGUCGAGACUGUGAGGAGCGUUGCUGGUGGGGAUGUCCCCGCUGUUAAUAGUAUUAGGGAGUUGAGUUCGGAGGAGUUGCAGGAGUGGCGUCGGACUCACUCGUAAUUGGGAUAUUUAGUCUAGCUCGUUGUUAUAUUGAUGUAAUAAUUAAAUUUAUUGUCCCAUAAUGUACAGUGUACGGUCCCCGGACCUAAAGCUCCUGACUCCAU